GAAUCCAUUUAAGAGAAGUAAAAGCAUAUCAUAUCCUGUUGAUCUCUUUGAAAGAUGUUAAUAAAUACUCAAAAAGCCGGUCAUUACAGAGGAGUUUACUUCCAUGCUCUUUUUGUGAAGAAGCAGCUCCCACCAAGAAAUCUUCCAAAGAAGGAAAUCAGCACCAACCCCCAUACCAACUAAUGCUACAAAAAACUGACUAAAAGUUCCUUCUUUUCUUCCUGUUGGCUGACACUGUUCAGAACUAUUAUUGGCUGUUUCAUUUUUCUUUUAAAUGAGCAAGCUGAAUGACUGGGAGGAGAAAGGCAGGAAAGAGAGAGAGACAGACAGAGAGAGACAGAGAGACAGAGACAGAGACAGAGACAAAGAGACGGACACAGAGAAAGAAACUACAGAAGCCAGGAAGUACGGAACCUACAGAGAAAGAAACAUGUCUUUACCUCUCUUCAGCUCCAUGCCUGAAAUGGAACCAAAUGGAACCUUGAACAACAGCAACAUGUACUGCACGAUUGAAAACUUCAAGCAAGAAUUUUACCCAAUCAUAUAUCCAAUAAUAUUUAUCUGGGGAGUCUUGGGAAAUGGCUUUUCUGUAUACAUCUUCCUACAGCCUUAUAAGAAGUCGACAUCUGUGAAUGUUUUCAUGCUCAACCUCGCCAUUUCAGAUCUCUUGUUCACAAUCACUCUGCCCUUUCGGGCUGACUACUAUUUUAGAGGUUCUGACUGGAGAUUUGGGGACCUGGCCUGCAGAAUUAUGUCUUAUUCCUUGUAUGUGAACAUGUACACCAGCAUUUACUUCCUAACUGUGCUGAGUGUGGUGCGUUUCCUGGCCACUGUCCACCCGCUUCAGCUCUUGCACCUCACCAGCAUCAGGAGUGCCUGGAUUCUCUGUGCCGUCAUCUGGGCCUUCAUCAUGGCUUCCUCAUCAGUGCUUCUGAAGAGUGGCUCUGAGAAGAAGGACAACAUCACAUCGUGUUUGGAACUGAAUUCUCAAAAGCGUGAGAAGCUGCUGGUCAUGAACCACAUUGCCUUGGUGGUAGGCUUCCUGAUACCAUUCUUCACACUCACCACCUGUUACCUGCUGAUCAUUCGGGUCCUGUUAAAGGUAGAAAUUCCAGAACUGGGCCUGCGGGCUUCGCACAGGAAAGCUCUGACCACCAUCGUCAUUGCCUUGAUCAUCUUCCUUUUGUGUUUCCUGCCUUAUCACACACUGAGGACCCUCCACCUGGUCACGUGGCACAAGGACUCAUGUGGGGACUGGCUGCAUAAAGCUGUGGUCAUCACAUUGUCCUUGGCUGCUGCCAACUGCUGCUUCAAUCCUUUCCUCUAUUACUUUGCUGGGGAGAAUUUCAAGGAUAGAUUAAAGGCUGUACUCAGUAAAGAACAUCUACAGAAGGCAAAGAUGAAGUUCAGACUUCCUAUAUGUAUGUGGAUGAAAACAGAAACAAGAUUGUAAAGUGUUAUUAGAAAACUACUGGAAGAUGUACAUCUUCAACACAAGAGAUUAAAUCAAGAGAGAAAAACAUGGCAGCUCUGAACCAAGGAAUCUGACUCAGGGGAAGAAGGAAGAAAAUUACCAGGAUAUUGGUGUACAGAUGAGUUCAGAAAGCACCUUGUGCAGAUUGGAGCAAUCUCAAAGGACUCUUAGAGGGACAUUGCCAAGAAAAACAGGAAACCAACUGAUUCACACAUCUUGAGAGGAGUUUUUAUUUCUUUUGGUGAGCUUGGGAUUAAUUGGGGAUACAUAUAUAGGAAAAUAAGCAAAUAAGAAGAGAAUACAGUUAUUAAGUGCUACAGAAAAAGAUAUAUUGUAUAAAAGAAGGAAUAUACCU